AUGAUUCACUCGGUGGUUCCCGUUGCAAUGCAUGGGGUCUGGAGAAAGCAGCUCAAACCAAGAGUUAGCAUCAGGCAUUUCGAAGGUAAGUGCUGCAAGCGCUACUGUACUGGUGGUUUUGGCUCUAUUUUUGCUCUAUUUCUUGUUUUGGGUUCUUUAGCCUCUGGGUUUUGUGAAGUGCUUCCAAUGGUUUCAGUCCCUCUUGGUUUUGAGAUAUCUGGGUACGGAAGAAGUAGGACCUGGGUGUCUGAGAAUGGGGUCUUUGCUUUCGGGUUUUUGGAUGAUUAUCAGAAAGAAUAUGAUGGGUUUGUUGUUGGGAUACGGUAUAACUUGGGAAACAAAGCUGCAAAUGUGCCUGUUUGGACUAUUGGUGAUGGAUUUAGGGUUUCUGAGAACUCCACAUUGAGGCUUUCCAUGGAUGGAAGCCUGGUAUUGUUUGAUAACCUCAGUGCUUUGCUUGUUUGGAGCAGUAAUACUAGCAGCAUUGGUGUUCAAACUGCAACUCUGCUGGACAAUGGCAAUCUGGUUCUUCUGGGUAAUGAGGGCAAAAUACUUUGGGAGAGCUUUAGUAGCCCAACAAACACUCUCCUUCCUGGUCAGUCACUCCAUUUCCCUCAAGCCCUUCGAGCGCCUUCAACUAAUUCUAUCUCUAGCUAUUACAAUCUUGUGCUUCGGCGCUCUGGAGGCCUUUCUCUAGUUUGGGAGAACAAUGUUACUUACUGGAGCAGCCAUUUGACAUCCUCUGUUGUUGUCGAGGAAGCAAGAUUCCAGGCUAGCGGGGUAAUUGGACUUUUUGACGCUAAUAACAGAUCAGUUUGGUUCGAAUCAAGCAGGGAUUUUAAUGACCCAUCUGUGGUUUUGAGGCAUUUCCGGAUGGAUGCUGAUGGUAACUUGAGAAUGUACUCGUGGGAUAAUAGUGUCCUUACAUGGAAGGUGGGAUGGCAAGCUCUUGAGAACCAGUGCGAUGUUUUUGGUUCAUGUGGUCUCUAUAGCUUCUGUAAAUACAAUUCAACAGGACCCGCUUGUGAUUGCUUAUCCAAGUAUUCAUGGAAUUCUGGAGCUGGCCCUCUUGGAAUGGACACUGGUCCUUCUGGGUGCAGGAGAAUGGUUGAUUUGCAGAGCUGUAAGACAAAAGCAAGCAUAAUGGUACUCAAGCAUACUGUUCUUUACAGUCUUUAUCCCCCUCAUGAUGUCGAUAUUAUGUUAAGUGAGGAGGGUUGCAAAGAGUAUUGUUCCAAAGACAUUUCUUGUACUGCUGUGACUGCAAAGAAUAAUGGUUCUGGCAUUUGCACUAUCAAAAGAACAAACUUUAUCAGUGGAUAUAUGGAUCCAUCUGUCCCUGCAAAUUCAUUCCUGAAGAUCUGUUCUGUUCCAGUGGCAGUUUCUGCCCAAGAAACUAAUGCUCAUGGAAAUGGAGCAUCAAUUCCCAUAUCAUCAAAAAGAUCCGUUUCUCAUGUAGAGAGUAGUAAGAAUCUAAUGGUUGCUAUUAUUGCAAUAGUUUUAAUAACAGUGUCCGCCUUUCUUACUUUGGAGAUGUUUGUCUUUUGGUUCAUCCUUCAGAGAAGGCAGAUUAAGGCUCAGAGUAGAAUCCCCUUUGGGAAGGAUGCACAAAUGAACCCACAUUACAGUGCUCUUAUCAGAUUAUCCUAUGAAGAAGUGAAAGAUCUGACCACCAACUUCUCAGAUCAACUUGGGCAAAGUGUGUUUAAAGGUAUCCUACCCAACCGAACACCUGUAAUUGCUAAGGUGCUAGCUCCUGUUUCAUCUUCUGAGAGGGACUUCAGAAUGGGAGUUUCUACCUUGGGUGGCACCCACCACCGAAAUCUUGUGCCUCUAAAAGGCUUCUGCUUUGAGUCAAAGCGCAAAAUUCUGAUAUAUGAGUAUAUACCUAAUGGUUCUCUUGACAAAUGGCUGYUCAAUACAAAGGGGGGMAGAAGCCAAUUGAACUGGCACCAGAGGCUUGAUAUUGCUCUUGGUGURGCACGAGCCCUUGCRUAUUUGCACUCUGARUGUCAACAAUGCAUUCCUCAUGGCAAUCUUAAGCUUGAGAACGUGUUGCUUGAUGAGAAGCUAGUUCCUAAGGUGACGGAUUUUGGACUCCAGAGAUUUCUAGAAAAGGAAGCUGCUGCUUCAUCAGAGUCACUACCUGAGAGAGAUAUCUACAUGUUUGGGGAGAUGCUGCUACAGAUUUUAAUGGGAAAUAGGGACAUACCUAAAGACAACCUGUACACUUUGGUUAAAGGGAAGUACAAAACUGAGAUAAAUAACAGUGUUGUAGAGUGGGAAGGUGUAGAAAGAAUGCUUAGAAUAGCUCUUUGGUGUAUGCAUGACCCACCGUUCCUUAGACCUUCCUUUGGGGAAGUUGCUAAAGUAUUAGAAGGCACCCUUUCAGUAGAUAUACCUCCAACUCCUGCUUUUGGAAAGGAGAAUAAGAUGGAUGAGGGAGAAAUAGCUGAGAUUGAGGUAGUUUCCUGA